AUGCCUGGAGGGGCAAGUUGGGAUCGGUCACGAUGGACCACCAAUCCGUACUAUGCCCUCGUUAUCUUCAUCAUUGCCUGUGGCAGUAUCCCUAAAGGUUAUGACGAAGGUGGCUACAGUGCCAGUGUGAAACUGGACUCCUUUCAAACCGACUUCAAUCUGUUGUCAUCCAACUGGACCAAUGAUCCAACGGGGUUGACCAACCGUAAGGCCAACAUUACCUCCUUCAAUGUCCUGGGAGCAGCCUUCGGCGCCUUGUUUGCUCUAGACUUGAACGACCGUCUCGGGCGCCUACAGACCUGGCGCUUGUCUUGCCUGGUGUGGGCCUCUGGCAUGUUCAUCCAGGUCUUCUCUUCGGGCAUAUAUGGGCUGUUGUUAUUUGCAAGGAUUUGGAGCGGGCUAGGCGCCGGAGCCCUGACAGUUACUACGCCGUUGUAUCUAUCGGAGAUUGCACCAACCAGAACCAGGGGGUUGGUAGUUAGUGUGUAUAUGGUCAUUCUGUUGGCCAUUUUAUCCAUCGGGUUCUUCAUUAACUAUGGCGCAAGCGAGCAUAUGGCACCCACCCGGACUCAAUACCGAUUGGUGCAAGCCAUCCCCUUAAUCCCCGUUGGCCUCGCUUUUUUCGCAUCCUACAUCGUUCCAGAAACACCUCGCUACCUCGCCUCGAAACAGCGCCACGAAGAGGGACGAGCUGUCCUCGCUCGUCUCCGCGGGAAGGACAUUUCCGAUCCAGAAAUCGAAGAUGAAUUUAGCACCAUUGACGCGCAGGUGCGCACCAAGGCCUCAGAUCUAGCAUCCGUCUCGCACUGGACCGCUUUCAAGGAAACCCAACUCAACCCGAAUUAUCGCCAGCGCUUCUGGCUCCUCAUGGCGAUGCAGACCAUCGCUCAAUGGACCGGCGGAAAUGGCAUCACCUACUACGUCUCCAAUAUCUUCGAGUAUGCCGGCGUGACGGGCAACGGUACCUCGCUAAUCUCGUCGGGCGCCUACGGCAUCGUCAAGCUCGUCUUCACCAUGGCCUUCACCUGGGGCUUGAUUGACAUCCUGGGUCGCCGCCGCUGCGCGCUCACGGGGCUGUGUCUUCAACUCGCCGCCCACAUCUACAUGGGCAUCUACAUGGGUCUGCAGCCGGGAUCCAGCAACAAUAAAUCCGCCUCCGACGCCGCUAUUGCCUCCGUCUUCGUCUACGCCGUCGGCUGGUCCGUCGGACUCUGCACGAUUCCCUACCUCUACGGCACGGAGAUCUUCCCCACUCGCAUCCGAAACGUCAGCUACGCGCUCAGCAUGUCCCUGCACUGGUUCUUCCAGUUCGCCGUGGUGCGUGUCACGCCCAAUAUGUUCGACUCCCUGCACGUCUGGGGCGCCUACCUCUUCUGGGCCAUCAUCUGUACCCUGGGCCUGAUCAUCCUGGGCAUCUGGAUGCCCGAAACGAAGGGCGUCCCCAUCGAGCGCAUGGGCGACCUCUUCGAUGGACCGUGGUAUCUCCGUUGGAAGGCCCGGGUUCAUGUCGACUCCUCCCCCGUUUCGUCUUCCCACUCGACCGGGGUGCAGUCCGAAUAUGAGACGCACUUUGAUACCAAACCGGCGGAUACGCAGAAGACGGCGUAUCAGUCUUGA